ACAUCGUGCGAUUUUAAAAUUCAGUUGAAGUUCUGCUCUUUAUCGAUUCACAUCGUUUGCUGGUUCCACUGGAGCUAUUCAUUUUGUUGUUUGAAAAUCUUUCGAAUCGACUUCAUUGCUGCCUGAUUGCAGUCAGUUGACUAUAAAAGGAAUAAAACGCCAAUAAUUGAAACUUUCCGGCAAAGAGAGUAUAAAAAAAUUAUUUAACUAAAAAAUAUACAUCUUUGAGAUAGCGCUGUGUGGAAUUCAAAGGGUUAUUAGCUAGACAGACGGUAGCCAUUUUUAGCUGAAUUUGUAAUACUUUUUUUAAUAAAUCGUACUUUAAAAGCUCUACGUGUGACAACAACAAUAACAACAAUGACCAACAUCAGGAAAGCAGCUUCUUCUCUGCAAAAGCUUUUCGUUUGCGGCGCCUUGAAAUAUGGCCAACCUGGUCACUCUAUACUCGCCAAUUCCGGUAAUGGCCAUGCGAAAUUCUGGUGCCGCGCCACAACCACUGAAAAAUUACCACUUGUGAUAGCCACGCGUUACAACAUUCCCUUUUUGCUAAACAAGCCUGGUGUUGGUAACUACGUUUUAGGCGAGAUCUACGAAGUAGACGACAAGAUGUUGAAUUCCCUGGAUGACUUGGAGGAUUGUCAGGACGUAUUCACACGUGAGGUCCAAGAUAUGAACAUCGGUGUUGGUGAAGGUACCGUACCAUGCUGGGUUUACUUAUUGCAAAAGUAUCCAGAAAAGCUGCUCUCACUGCCAUAUUUGUCCAGUUAUGAGAACAGUGCCACUCACCCUUAUGUCAUGCGCAAUCGUCGCACACAUAAGCAUCCACCUCAAGAGGAUCUCGCAUACACCGCGGCUUAACCACCACGAUCCCGAUACCAAUACUUUACCUUAUAUGCAUAUGGUCCGUCUACUGGUAGUAGACAUUUGCCAGCUGUGUGUGAUUAGCAUUUACUUACUGUGAACUUGUAUUGCAUGGAAUGCUCGUACUGUUUCCACUGUCUUUGAGAAAUCUAGCAGCGCAGAGUAACUUAUGAGAAUUCCAAAGUUGAUAUUAGCUGAACUUACUUUAGUCGUAAUGUAGUCGUGUAAUUUAGACAUACAAAUAAAUAUACGUCUGGUCUUCAUUAUAUUGUCCAAAAUCUUAUGAUCAUGAAUUAAGUACUCUUUUGUAAAAAAAUAAAACAAGAAACAAAA